AUGCACCCUCUCCGUAACAUCCUCCUCCUGAUCAGUCUCACAGGAGCAGCUCAAGCUGCUCUUGCAGGCGCACCAUCUACCGAGAGCUCUGGUGUUGAAGUCGCUGAGUUGAAUGGCUCCAAAGCGCAGCCACCUCAGUUGUUCCAGCGUGAGGAGGAGGUGGAGGAGAAUGAAGACGAUGACGAGGCAGGUUUGACAGGCAAUGAUGGCACCGCUGUGUUGGCAGAGCUUGACUCUCGAGCACCACGUGUUAGGUGUUUAACUCGGGGCCGACCUAAGAAAAACUGCUAUCACUCGCAAUGCCCCGGAAACAAGCAGUGCAAGGUUAACGCGAAAGGAAAUUGUGUAUUUAAAUAUGCGCAAAAGAAGAGGCCAUUUGGUUGUAGCCAGUGUCUCUGCUACAGGGCUAAUAUCUAA